CUACAACUUCAGUAAUGUUGAGUACAAGCGCGGAGGACGAUUGGAUUAUUGGGGCGUCGGACGAUGAUUUGCAAAAAGCCAUAAUUGAAAUACAAAGUAAUAUUUCUAAAGAGGCACUGGAAAAUGAAUGUUACGAGAGCUAUUUUGGGAAACUGGAUAUUGAAAUAGAUGUUAGUAAAUCUGUGCCACCUAUAAGUAGAAGAGCAUCAUUGGUCAGAAAGCGUUCAAAAAGUAGGAGUUCUGCUACCGACAGGCUUGUCACAUUGACAAAUGAGCAGAAAUGUCUUAUACUACAGGCGGAAUAUGAGAACAUCAAAAACGAAAACGAACAAAAGAAAUCAAGUUUUGAAGAAACACUGGAUUUGCAAAAAGCUAUCUUGGAAGAGUUGAAAGCCCGUCAAGAAGAAAUCCAAAGGAAUCAUAACCUAUUUUCCAAAUUGGUAGAGAAAAAACUUGAGUCUGAAGGUAUUAAGUUUGUUCCUGCUGAGAAGAUCUUACGUUUUUCCGAUGACUACUCAAAAUUUCUUGACACUUUGUCGGAUAAACUUCGUUUGAAAAAUAGUUCUAUCAAAAAUUCUUUGAAGAAACUGAAAGAACAACUCAGGCAAAAGGAAUCUGGUGAAGUGUUAAGUGCAAUCGACUUUGAACAGAUGAAAAUAGAAAAUACCAGAUGCCUUGCAGAGAUUGAUGAAAAGAAUCAGAGCAUUCAAAAAAUGAAAAUAACUGCUGCAAGAACACUUCAAUUAUUGAAUGGAUACAAAAAAAAGUUAACUGACGCACUACAAGAGGAAAAAUACAUUAAAGAAGAACAAAACCAGCGUCGAGAAAUGCAGAGACGCGUGGAAAAUGAGACUAUCGUAGCAAAGCAGGAACUAAAAUUGGAAAGGACUCUUCAUGGAAAAUUCGAGGACCAGAUCUCAUCAUAUCGCGUACCGUCUGUAAUAGGUUUUGUUAAACUUGUUAGCGAAGAACGUGAUUUAGCACGCAAACAAAAUAUAUACUCUCGAAGACUAAAGAUAGCAGAAGUGGCACUGCGUUGUCAGAAGAAACUCUGGUUGCAAUUUCAACGUGGUGGUGGCAACGAACUAAUGUAACGAUGAAGAGUCACAGACCAGUCUCAUGGCUAUUCUUGAAGAGGAAGUAAAUUAAGAUGAUAUUUAUUUACCUUAAUAAAUAAUAUAUGAAAUCGC